UAUCGUGGACGCACAAAACGGGAACGCCAUAUAUCCGAGGUUUUCAGUAGUCUACCGCCGUUAUCUGCGAUAACAGCACGCCAAAUAGAUACUGGAGGAACUUAGUUUUGUUGUAACGAUACAAGUGGGUGUUCGAAAGGUUGAUUCAAUAUCGGACGCGUUGCGAAUGCGAUUCCCACACUGCCGGAGGUGCAUUGUUUCCAGUUGAGUUUUCCCAAGUUCCGAUGUUUUGAAAACUUGUUGAUCAAUGGAAUAAUAAGCAAUUGAGUGGUUGUUUCAAGUGCGGGUGGUUACCGAGCUGGUUUCACGAUGGGUUCGGUGGAGGUUCUUUUAUUAACGGUGUCGGUGCUGACAGUGCUCCAGUUCCCUCCCGGCAAUUGCGAGAUGAUGCGUACUUUUUCCUUGGCUAAGGGAUGGACUGUACAAAGUGAAAGUGGAUCUUAUACAUUUACCGAAGUCCAGCUUCCAAAUGGAGUAUAUACCCUGGUUGGAAAUGACACGAUCGAUAAAGAUCUUCUGUUCUCGUACAACGACGUAAACAUGAGAAGCGUAGGAUUAGAGGAUUGGAUUUGGAGUACGGAGUUUGAUACUCCUGAUUCACAUAUGUCUCGAGGAUUCGUAAAUUUAACUUUUCUAGGUAUCGAUACAAUAUCAACGAUCAAAUUGAAUGGCGAAGUACUCGCUGAAACAAAUAACAUGUUUAUUCGUUAUUCCUAUAAUAUUAAGGAUCUGUUGAAGACGUCGGGACGAAACCAGUUGGAAGUGAGAAUCAAAUCGCCCGUAAAGGAAGCUAAACGACUAGCUGGACUCUAUCCUGAAACUCCUCCAGAAUGCCCAGAUCCAAAGUACCACGGUGAAUGUCAUAUGAAUUUCCUACGAAAAAUGCAAGCGAGUUUCUCAUGGGACUGGGGUCCUGCCGCUCCGUCAAUGGGUAUAUGGAAGACUGUCCAGUUGGAGGUUUUCGAUGUUGCUAUUAUCCGCGAUAUUGAUGUUGCAACCAACCUAGUUGGCAACAAUUGGGAAUUGGAUAUACGCGUCUACUUGGAAACUGGACUGAAGCAACCGUUUUAUGGGGAAUUGACCAUGUUUGGGGUUGACCUCUUCAAUGGCCCUUUCAAAGUCGUCUUCGAUGUGGAACCAGUCGAUUAUCGUAACCCAGUCAUCCAUUUCGUCAGAACAAUACAGAAAAGUAAAGUAGAGUUGUGGUGGCCCAAUGGAUACGGCGAACCAAAACUCUACAAUCUGUACUUCGGGUGGACUGGCGGACUUUCACCCGAACUACAACCGGAACUUUGGAGUACUUCACAGAAAUCAAUCCGAAUUGGUUUUCGAACGAUUGAAUUAAUUCAGAAGGAGUUGGAUGAUGGAGACAGUUUCCUCUUCCGAAUCAAUGGCGUUGAAAUGUUCAUGAAAGGAUCUAAUUGGAUCCCGUCUCAUAUAUUACCCGAAAAGAGUGGUGACAACGACCGAAUUAAUUAUCUUCUCAAGGCCGCAAAAGAUGCUAAUAUGAAUAUGCUGCGUGUUUGGGGUGGAGGCAUAUAUGAAUCUGAUUAUUUUUACGAUAUGGCCGACUAUUACGGAAUUCUGAUUUGGCAAGAUAUGAUGUUCGCUUGUGCCAUGUAUCCUGUGUUCGAUGAGUUUUUGGAAUCCGUUGAGACCGAGACCGUUCAAAAUGCACUACGUAUUGCGUAUCAUCCAAGUAUAGCGAUUUGGGCUACCAACAAUGAAAAUGAAGUUGCCUUAGCCCAGAACUGGUAUAAGACCGCAUCUAACUUUGAAUACUUUGCGAACACAUACCGCCAGCUUUACGUGGCUACAGUCAAUCAUGCGUUGAAAAUCAUCACCCAUUCUGGUCGACCGGACGUUUUGAUAUCCAGUCCUUCAAAUGGUAUUGAAUCGGUGGCGAGCAACUUCAUUGCAAAGAAUCCACAGGAUACUCGGUACGGUGAUAUCCACUUUUACACAUACCUCCUUGACGGUUGGAAUCCGGUAAUCUACCCAAAUCCUAGAUUUGCCUCUGAGUAUGGUUUCCAGAGCAUUCCUUCACUAACAAGCUGGAACCGGGUGAUGGCUGGAAGCGAUAAGUUGACUGAGCUCCUUGAUCACAGGCAACAUCAUCCGCUCGGAAAUGCGCCCAUCAUCGAUCUUAUCAAGAAACACUUCUAUCUACCAGAUGAGUCUAGUCCGAAUUAUAUGCAGGCAUUGAUUUAUUUGAGCCAGGUAUCGCAGGCUAUGGUAAUAAAGGCGGAAACAGAACAUUAUAUGAGCCGAAGAGAUUCAGACUCUUACACCAUGGGUGCACUGUACUGGCAACUUAACGAUGUCUGGAUUGCUCCUUCCUGGUCCAGUAUUGAUUUUCAUGGCACCUUUAAGAUGCUUCAUUACUGGGCGAAAGAUUUCAUGGCUCCACUAUCAGUUAUCGCUCAAGUCGACGAGUUCAAUAAGGUCAAUGUUUUUGUGUCCCGGGACACAGUAGAUGAUAAUGAUCAGACUCUGAUGGUUGUAUUGAGCAUCGUCUCUUGGACGGAAUUGCUGCCAAAGGAUACAGAAAACUGGUAUUUGAAAAUGAAACCAAACUCGGUAUUGAAAGUUGUGUCAUUUGACUUCGAGGAUUACCUGAAAGGAAAGUACAACAAACAAAACAGCUUCUUACAGUUUGACCUUUAUGAUACCGGGAAGAAUGUAUUAUCGACAACAUAUCUGUUUCCUACGAAUUUAAAAGAUGCCAACGGAAUCAGUGACCCAGUUAUUGUCGUGUCGAUUGAAUCACAUGUGUGUGAAAACGGGGGUGCAUCAGCUAGUUUGUGGAUCAAAGUGCGGUAUCCUACACUGUUUGUCUUCCUGGAAUUAACGCGUACGGACAUAAAAAGGCAUUACUUCUCUAAGAAUGGAUACAUUCAAGUGCAACCAAUAGAGACGAUACAUUUGGAAUAUACAGAUGAAAAGUGUGCGGAAUUUACUCUCAAGGACAUCAGAGUAUCGCAUGCAAAUGCAUAUCUAUUAAAUGACAACUAGUAGUAGGGUUUGAUUCAACAACCAUGUUUAAUAAGCAUUAGUCAGUUAAGCAUAUAGAUCAUUUUAUUGGAAUAUACAUAUUUUAAUUAAAAGUU